CGGGAUUUGGGCAAUGUAGUCAAAAGAAGGAGGGAGGAGGUCUGCUCUGCACGAAGGGCUGGCAAGACAAAACAAAAGCCAUAUAUAUACGACGGUAGUAGCAGUUUUAUGGAAAACCGUGUGAAGUCGCUUCCAUUUUCGAUUUAACUAUAAUAUUAUUUAUUUUCCCAAAUCGCUUUAAAGUGCAACACUAUGCCUAGUAGCACGGCUUUGUUGGAAACGGAAGAGGGAGAGUCGGAGGUCCCGCCACCGCUAGUCCAUGCUUUCGCCGGCAUAGGCCUCGGCAACCAGGGCACGCAUAGCCAGACACCCGAACAAGCCGGUGACAGCUUUCCUCACUAUAGCUUUCUCGGUGCAGUUCUAGACCUGAAGCCCCUAUCGAAUCAUCAAUCGAUUGAGGAAAAAAAUGGUGCAGUAGCGACCGAUGAAGAGUCAGAAGUUGCAGUCAACAAUGGGAAGGGUAACCUAAAUGGGAGUGCUAGCACGCUGCUAGCACAGGCCCACAACCACCACGUAUUCCUGGGGCCAGGAGGAGAGUCUGUCAUGCCGUCUGGGAUUGAACCACCACCGCCCGAAACUAUCUUGUUGUACAACAACGAUGACCUGGAUGACGCGGGCGGCCUACAUUCGUCCAACGGGAUGAUACUUUUGCCGUCGGAAAUGUAUGGUGGAGAAUCAAGUUAUGAAAUGGAGCAGUCUUUGUUGAUGAGGAGAAAAAGCGUCAACACAACUGAGUGUGUGGCCGUGCCGAGCUCCGAACACGUCGCAGAGAUCGUUGGCAGACAAGGCUGUAAGAUCAAAGCCCUCCGGGCCAAAACCAACACCUACAUCAAAACACCCGUGAGGGGCGACCAGCCUGUCUUUGUUGUCACUGGGCGCAAGGAAGAUGUUGCCAUGGCUAAGAGAGAGAUCUUGUCUGCGGCAGAGCACUUCUCUCUCAUCAGAGCCUCUCGGAACAAGACGGGCCCCCUCUCAGUCGUGGCUGGCCCCGGGCUCCCAGGGGCCCCCACCCUCCCCGGCCAAACCACAAUUCAGGUUCGGGUCCCAUAUCGGGUCGUGGGGCUGGUAGUGGGUCCAAAAGGGGCAACCAUCAAACGCAUUCAACAGCAGACCCACACCUACAUCGUGACGCCGAGCCGGGACAAGGAGCCUGUGUUCGAGGUCACCGGCAUGCCGGAGAAUGUGGACCGGGCGCGGGAGGAGAUCGAGGCGCACAUUGCCCUGCGGACCGGCACCUGUGGCGGCAUGGAGCUCCCCGGCGUCGAUGACAACGACUUCCACUUCAACGGCACCGACGUCAGCUUCGAGGGGCUCUCGGCUGCGGCCGCCGCUGCGGGCAUGGGCCAUGCAGCGUGGCUUCAGUCGAAUGCCGCAGCCUCGGCCGCAGGUGGCCUGCCCGCUAUGGGCGUGACCGGUGGCGGCGGUGGCACUCCGCAAGUCAACGGCAACUUCAGCGGCGGCGUCAAGAUGUCUUCCACCUAUCGCAACGACAGCUCCAGCUCCCUAGGGAGUGGCUCAAGCUCGGCCGAUUCCUUCUACGGCAACGGGAACCUGAACCGCAUGGCUGACUUUAGCCCCACCUGCUCGGUCAACGCAAACAACAACAACAACAACGGCGGCGGUGUUGGUGGUGGUGGUGGCGGCGGCGCAGGGGCGAGUUUCUGGUUUGGCGAUGCUGCGCAGCCACUCGGGUCCGAAGAGAUGGGUGGCAUUGGAGUGGGGGGCCCCGCCUCAGGAUUUGAUCCCCUUACCAUCUCUACUGCCCCGGGCUCCACCCCUCUCCCCCAGCCCCCUGUAUGGAGCUCCUAUGUGGAACAUCAGGCCCAUGAGGCUGGCAAAACUCAGACCAGUCACCCGGGCACCCCGCGCCUCUCGCCCACCUUCCUCUGCACAGACGCCCUGGAGCACCCGCAGGCGCAGCGAGUCCAGCGGGCCUCCCUGGGCACCACCGGAGCCCCUGAGUCCCACCGCUUCUCGGGCUACGGCCCCGCCUUCUCCUCUUCCAGCGAGAGCACGGCGUCCGCGUCCUCGUCUUCGCCCCCCGACUCGUCCUUGCCCUUCAGGGCGGCGGCGGCGGCGGCGGCGGCGGCGGCGGCAGGGCGAGGCGUGGAGACCUGCAUCCACUGCAUGGAGAGUCAGGUAGUGGCGGCCCUGGUGCCGUGCGGCCACAACCUGUUCUGCAUGGAGUGUGCCACGCGGAUAUGCCACGGCCCAGACGCAGUGUGCCCGGUGUGCUUUUACCCGGUCACACAGGCCAUCCAGCUCCGCAACAUGUGAUUCCUACCACUCGCCAGCCCUCUCUUACCCCCCCCCCCCCCCCCCCGGCCCCCCAUCUGUUGUGAGGAUCGCCCGUGAUGUGUGGCCAACGACUGUGGUUCCCCCUCCCCCCGCCUCCCUCCCUACCACUUCUAGGCCAAAAUUGCAACGGGAGUCUGUGGAGGAGGGGGGUCUCACGAAACGGGCCGAGCACUGGGGACUAGGCGCAGGAAUUGAGCGGGAGGGGUUUGUCCCAGAGCGCAGGGGGAAACCACAGGGUAGAGGUACGAGCAUCUUUUUAUUUCAAUGGAAAGGUUGGGUAUGGGGGGGCCAUCCUGUACAGGAGCCCGUUAUUGUGAAGUCUUCUUCCUAGAUUGAAUAUCGAUAAGUGGAGGGGUUAAGACCCUCCAAGUAGCAUUGGGUGGAAUGUUUUUUUAAUUAAUAUUGUUAAUGUAUAUAUAUAUUUUUUUUAUUUUCCCCGAAUACAUGGAAUGAAUUUAUUGGACUUGAGAUCAAACUUUGAGUUCUAAGAGUUCAGGUUGUCCUCUAGGUGAAGAACCAAGUUUGUAAAAGCAGUUUGGAUUUUGUCAUCCGUACAUCUCAUACGUUUUGCCUUUUUUUAUUUUUAUUUUUUCUUUAUUUUUUUUGCUGCCAUUGUUUUUAAUGUGUCUUGCGUUGCCCCUCAUCCAUUGUCCUUUUGGUAUUGACCUCAAAGAGGAAGUAUAGGGAAGUGUUUACAUAGUCUUGACCAAAAAUAACUUGAUGUCAACCUAUACAAAUUUUGCAUUCAAGAUCAAAAGAUUAUCACAUGUUGGAAUCUGAGCCUAAACCGAUGGUAGCAUUAGCUGUAAAGAUGCGCAAGUAUCUAAUGCUCCUUGCAACAAACUAAUGAGUGUUAAAAUUGUUCAUUGGAUAAGUGAGCAUAAUGUAUUCCAGAAUGACCACCGAAGCAAUGCCAAUAUGUAAAAGUCCCCUUUUUAACCUGAUGCCAAAGUGGCUUAAAACCUACGAACAUCACUCCAAACUGAAAGUUCAGAUGGGCAUCCCUCUUUUCCUCCUACAACCAAAGGUAUGGGGUGAGGUUGUUAACUGCUUCCUAUCGGGAGUACCCUUGUGUUUGACUCUCGUUCACUUCCGCCAUGUUGCUUUCCAUGGCUUCCUUAAGCCUACAUGUCUGUUUACACGUUACUCGUGCCUGAUUGCGUUGAGAUAAAAAGAGAAACUUUAACUGGUUCUCUGGAAACACGACGGCAAUAUAUUUUUAACUAAUUUGUGGCCUUUUUUAUGGGAAGCCUGCGAGUAGCGCCACAACAGCUCCGUAGUCAGACCUCAGCUGAACAGCACCCUGAACACGCAUGACAGGAGUCUUAUUCUAACAUUUUAAUUCUUUAACACAUUUCUGCAAACCUUUUUUUUUUUUUUCAUUAUUGAAAGCACAGAUUUGUUUCGCUUAGUUCUUACAAACAUUUAUUUUGAAUGUUUACACACUCCUCCCUCUCCCAAGAGCCAUUUAAAAAAAUAUAUAGUUCUUGCCACCCUAUUAUGGCCACACAUUUUAUUUUCUUAAGUACGCUUCUGCCACCAUCAUACAUGUUAACAUUCCAUAUUGCCUGGAUUGCGGCCAUUUUAAUAAGUUUAUCCUGAAUAUUGAAUGAUUUCCGUGUAAACAUCCCACUCCUAAUGAUCAGGGGGCGGAUGUUCUGCACACAUUAGAGUGAGUGCGGAGGGGCCAUGACACGCAUCUCUUUGUGCUAUGCUGUUUGGUAGCUGGCAGUUUGGCAGAAUCAAGAGCAUCAAGUUCAGUUCAAUCUUGUUGGGAAGUUAUCCAAAUGGUGGUCAUUGUUUUUAACCAGGGCCAUAACAGGCCUAGGCCAAGAAGACGCCGCUAUGUUUUCACUUAAGUUACAUGAUUGCAAGUCGUUUGGCGUACUUCAUCAGUAUACUUUAUCAUCAGGGUACCUCAGGAGCACCUGAGUAAACGCCUAGUGCAUGUUGGGUAAAUCAAACACUUCUUGAUUCCUUGAAUUGGGCUUCAACUUUCCAGGCAGUCAUUUAUUUUAUUUCAAACCCAAUACAAUUAUGUUCAUCCCGUUAUCAUUAUCAUCAGUUCACACUUAAGACAGCUUUACACAUUUUGAACUGACAUUUAUCCUCGUGAUUCGACGUAGUGUAUUGUUAGUCACAUUUUCUUUGUACUGCAUUGUGCACCCAAACGGCACACUUAACAUUUUUAUGCUUCUUCUUAAUUUGCGGCCGCACUACCACCUUGUCUUUUCUACGAGUUGCCGCAAAAUGAACUUGGGUUGUAGCAUCAUCCCAAAGUGGGGUGAUAAAACGCCCACGAUGUACAUUAAGACCAGGAAAGGAGACCCCGAUCCAGUUUGUCACUACACAUUGUAACGUCGUUGCUGUGGAAGGCUAACGAGACUUUACUCCAGCAGUAGUGGAGUGUGUGGGAUAGUAUUUGGACGUAAUUUAAUUGCUUUUUUUUUUUGCUUAGAUGUCUUGUAGAACAUCCAAGUGUUAUCAAUAAUGAGCCGCAACAGUGCAAAAAAGCACCCAUUUGCCUUUUUUUUAUUUUAUUUUUUCUUGAAACAACCGAGGUUAAUCAAAAUGCUCUCUGCCUCUAUUCCAUUUAGUGAGGCCUUCUGUCCGUCCAUUAUAGAGGCACAGCUUCGCGGGCUAGGGAUGCCCUCUCUCUUCCGAUGGAAUGCAAUAUAACCGCUUGCUUGACAUAAUCUCUGAGUGAUGCUUUGUUUUUUCUCCAUAUGGCUUCUACUUUUAUUGCUGUUUAAUGACUGAUAGAGAAUUUAUUUUUUAUUUUGUUACAUUUCAUAUAGACAAAUAUAAAUAUAUAUAUAUAUAGAUGUAUAUUAAAAUGUUUACAGAUAGUUUUUCUGUUUUUGUUACUUUAAUCGAUGACUAGCAGUGAUGAGUUGAAAAUCAGUGCAGGAGGCUGCCAUUCUAUUUGCUUGUAGUCUAUUUUCCCUCUUUUUUUUUUGUUGACAGUAUUGAUGAUGAUAAUAAUAGUAUUGGUAGAUGCAGGUUGUUUGAGUGGAAAUGGAAUGUGCAACACAAGCAUGUUUUUAUCAUGAACCGCCAAUGUAAACGUCACACUGCAACUGUUUGUAUAGAGGCCACGGUUCCUAGGCCUCUCGUCUAUACGCCACCAAAUUUAAGAAAGGUAUAUUGUACAAUUUAUGUUAGAGAUAUAUCUAUAUAUGGAUAUAUAUAAUAAUUGAGCUGUACCAACGGUUUAAACGGUUUUUGCUAAGUUUACUACAUCUUUUAUGUAUAUAAGUAGGGGGAGUCUUAUGGCAUAUAAAUUCUUCAAAUUAAGUCGGGAGUUUAAAAGCAGACUAUAUUUUAUAAUGGCCUCUUAAGUUAUUUUGGCCAAAGCACUGAUAUUAUAUAUUUGCUGUAAAGAGAAUUUGAGAGUUUUAUUUUUCUGAUAUUAUAGUUACCUAAUAAAGACGGUUUCAUUUAAAGCCAUCUCAGAAUAUGUAUGUUGUUGUGAUUUAUACAUUGAAAAUGAUCACCCCAUCUUGCAAAAUAUGCAACCAAUUAAAUGUAUAAUUCAGGUUAUUACAACUGCAAAUAAAGCCGGAACCAGUGUGACCACUACCAUCACAGGUGGUCUAACAUUCAGCCAUAGUUUUAGCAGUUUUUUUGCCAAUUUUUUCAAUAAAUUAGAUCUAUUAAGACCACUUGGCAAGUUGUACAGUAUCUCCCCCUCUCCACAUGGGUUUUGAAUCCAUGUAAUGCAUUUUGUCCCAAGUUCAGUUUAAAUGUGACAUUUGGGGUCAAUUCAUUUUUAUUUAGAGUGUUUGUGUUGCAGAAUUGCAAUACAAAGUAGUUUAAAAGGUGAAAUGAGAAAAAAGUUAAA